GAAUAAUGAUGUGUUUAAGAAAAAAAUAUUGACAUCAAUGCUGUAGGCCCAGAUCUGAAAAGAAAAGGAUGAUAACCACAUUUGCACAGGUUGUUCAUUCUAAUUUUGAUACUGAAACUAUAUUAUACUGUUAUCAUAAUUGUGAUUAAGAUCUUAUCUAUUAAAAUAUAUAAGAGAAAACUUUACUGAAACUGAUAGAUCUACUUAAAGUACUAAUACACUUUCUAUAAUUCCGGUUCGUUCCGGAGUUGUAUGUAGAAGACUGAUAUAGUUAUUGUCACAUGCUAAAUGACUUUUAUAUAACAUUUGUUGAAAUUAAAAAAAAAAACAACCUUUUAGUACAACACUUAUCGCGUCAUAUUAACCGGGAAAAGUCAUGUUCUCAAUGUGGGAAUCGGAGUGGUGAAAACGGUGUUUACUUGUCCAUAGUCUCCUUCAAACCUUUCAUAUCGUAUCAAUGAUGAAAAGUUUACACCAUAGGGUCAAGUUAACUAUCUAGACAUUAAAGAUUACCAAUAGGAACAUCAAGGUUAUCAUUAUUAUCAUACAUCUUUGUUGUAGGUUGCCUCUGGUAAAUUUUUAAAUGAAGACUGAGGUAAGCGACUGAUAAAAUACAGGUCGCAGACAGUAAUAAGAAUAAUGAGAUAUUGAGACAGGUCAUCAUAACUGUUAAGGAUAUCAAAAUCUGACGUAUGACAUGAUUAUCCUGAUAACUCCUAUCUCAAUCUAACGCACUGAUUGGUAACAGGUAACUAUAUGUCAUAUCGGUCUGUUAUCAAUUGUGUGGUUAUACUGUAUAAUAAUAAACUGAUUGUUAACACUUUAUGAAACAAAUCUUAAGCACUUAUGUUAUCGCAUCAUAUUGACCAGGAUUGGGGAUAGUUCCCAUGAUGCCUUCUGUUGUAGUGACCUUGUAGAGCCCAAUAGUGUAUUGAUCAUAGGAGUUAGUCAAUUUCAGGGGGCCACACAGAAUUUACUUUUGCAGUAGGUUUGACAAUGGAAGAUCACAUUGACCUUAAAUGAUCUUUGUUUUCCUCUGUCGGUGUCCCGCUAUAUAAACUUGUCCUCGUAUGACCUUCGGUGAGGACGUUGUACCUGAAAGCAUCAACUGUGUCGCAUAUAUAAUCAUCUGUGACAUCAUAUACCAUACCGGAUACCAUAUAUCAAAGUUGCAUGCAAAUUAUUGUGUUGGAAAAUACAUUCGAAUAUUAAGGUAUGUAUAUCAUUGUUGGUAUCAUAAUAGUAUUAGAUGCUGUGGAUAUAGAGGAUCCCACACAAAUGAUAGCUGUUUAUCGCUUUAGUGGUUGACUUUUCUUAAUUUGAACGAACUCCAGUAAGAUAAUAUAAACAUCCGUCACUCGCUGUUGAACAUACUAAUCACAUAACGUUUUACCUACAAAUGUAUCGAGUUCAUAUUCUCCCAAAGUAUUAACUAAAUUCUGUAAGUCGAAUAACUUCACGACAAAACAUACGUUUGUAGUUAUGUAAAAAUAAAGGAAAUGUAUGAUGACUCCGCUCAUAUAUUCAAUGACGUAACCGUGAAGUCGAACGCUACAGCUGAAUACUAAUACUAGACUAAUCACGGUCAGAUUCAAGUAUUGGUCCUUUUCUAGACUUGGUAUGUAUCCUAUCAUUGUUUAUAGUGUUACUAAAUGUUCAUCAUGAGAUUUAUUCAUUGAAGACAUUAGGCAUUUCAACAAUCAUUUCGGAAACCGAUCAUUAGUUCUUAGGUUCGUGUGUAUUUCAGGUAUUUCGAUUUAUUUGCGUGAAAUCUCUUUAUCAGUAAAUGACAGGAGACAACUGUUAUAAAAUGGAAUAGUAUAUUUUGGUUUUUGGAUAUAGGGCAAUAAAGGUAAAUUGAAUGAUUAGAAAGUGUUGUUUUGUUCGGUUGGCGACAAUAUUCGUACCGAGAGAUACCGACCUAAACUGCAGAAGAAACAUUUUAACGGGGAGUUUAAUGUGAGUUAUAGAGAUCUCCUGCCUACGUUAGAUGUCGAGACCGUUUCAUUCGUAUACCUACAAACUACGAACAAUGACUGAUUCAUUUUGUCGUAUAUCUGAGAUUAGUUUUUUUUUAUGACUGAUGACUAUAGGGCUCCAUUUCAUAUCGAUGGGAUGAAUGUUUGUUUUACCAAUGCGUUAUGGUCUUGUCCGUUAUCAUCAUCACCAAGUUCUAAUUCAUACGACUCAAGCCCCCAGACUAUUAGAUCUUUCCAUGACGAAAUCCCACUCAAUCAGUUCUAUGUUGACCACCGGAACGUGUACGUUUGGUACCCUCGUCAAAUUUCAGAUCUAUCUACGGGUACCCCCUCAAAAUGAUUUAAGUUCUAGGCCCAUCAGCAUCGUGUAUGCACCCAUGAACUUCAGUGAAUUGAUUAGAGUAUUAGCUCUCCAUAGCGACGUUGAUGGGAGGGUUCUGCCUACAUCUUAUCCUUUCCAACUCGUCCUUUAAAUUUUCUAUUGAGGAAAGUCAGUGUUUAUGGAGGCCAGUCAAUAGUUGGCUGUGAUUUUAUCACGACAAACUCUCGAUACAUGUGGACAGGCGUUAUCCUGCUGUAACGUCAGUCGUCCUUGAUGCAGUAGAGAAACGACAUGUGGCGCUUGAUCUCUAAAACGACCGGUCGUGAUAUUUCCUUGAAUAGUGAUUGAGUUACUCUCGAUACCAUGUGCAAUCCCUCUCCAUACCAUGACCGGAUCAUCCAUAGAAAGGACCGUUCUCGAUUGCGCAAGUAUCCGCAUAGCGCUCGUUGGAACGUCUUUAUACACGAAGUCGUCGUCUAAUAGACAAAACGAGAACAUUGACUCGUCAAAGAGAAAGACUAUUCUCCAGCGUUGUAUCGAGAAGCGAUUUACGAAAUCAUUCGUUCAUUCGUAUGGUGGGUCGCUGCGCAGUAUAUUGUGGGUUGAGAUAUUGACGCCACGACCUCAACCUGAAUCCGCGCAGUCGAUUACGCACCGUGUCUCUUUCCUUGCUAUGAGUAAGCACCAGGACAAUAAACAGCCAUUCCUGUGGCAUGGAGUCUCCGGACAAAACGGAAAAUGGUCGAUGGAUAUAAAUCAAAUUGAUUGGCGACUUGUCCCCCUCUUAACUUUCGAAAUUUGUUAAAGUUAAUUAUUUGUGUUUGAACUAUGGGAAAUAAAGACGGAAAGGUAUGAAGAGUUACUCACAGACUUUUUAAACUGAUCGCUCAGACUAGGAUCGGAAUAUCAUUUUUUUCUUGCUAUUCUUUGAAAAGUCGGCAUAGGUAGUCUGUGUAUCAGUGAAUUUCAACAUUGUAUCAUAAAGAGGAGGUCUUAAUAGGCGAAAUUUGUCCAGUUUCAGAUGUGUACGUAAAGGAUUGAGUCUACAAUGCUGACUUUUCGGUGAACGCGUUUCUUUUCUUUAGGUGUAUGUCCAUACCAUAUGGGAAUUAACAUUAAUGUAACAUUAUAACUGCUGAAUAGUGCCAUUCACUGAAAUGCUAUACCGCUGGUACAUUGACGUCACUUCCUCUAUAAUGUUACCGGAAUUGGUCAUUUAUUCUUUUGUGCUACACUAUUGCGCAAGGGAAACUACUUAUAUCUGAAAGUAUUUGCUUUUCUAAUACAAAGACAUACAUUUGUUUUUAUAGCAUAUAUAUAAUUGCUGAAAUGUUGGUUGCCCCUGCUUCUGGGAUGCGGGGUUGGCUUGUACUUUCGACCGAUAUACGGGAUUUCAGUCUUUGACUUUGAUGAAGUAUAAGUGUUGCUAUAAAAUUCAGAAAAAGAAGAAUUUAAUUUAGCUACUAUUACGGUUACGUACAUCCACGAUGAUAUGUCUGGCCUGAUUCUACCUAAAUGACAUUAUAGUUUUGAAAGAAGGAAAUAUCAAAACCUUUAUCAACAUUUGCUCAGCGCAUGUAUUUAUCUAAAAUGUUUCUGAAUACGUGUUAUCAACAUAUAAAUAUAACACUUUUUAAGUGACAGGAUCGCAAAAUGGAGAAAGAAAUGCAAUAUGGCGUUCGAUCAUCCGACCUUGAAACAGUUCCUAUGCAGGCAGAUACUCACUGUAACAAAUCAAGCGAAACCAGGGACUAUAAAACCAUUCAGUCACAGAUUGCACGAAGCGUGUGCGUUUCUGCUGCUUAUAUGAUCUUGGGCUGGACAAAGGGCCAGAUCGGACCCGCCUUCCCUGAUAUCAUGAUGAUUUCCGGAGCUGAUCUUGAAAAAGGAUCUGCUUUUAUGACAUCACUCUACACAGGUCAAUUAUUCGGCUCCGUUAUGGCAGGUUUCAUUUACCCAAAAAUGAACAAAUACCUUUUAUUUGGUUUUGCCUUGGUAUUGUACAGCCUUACAGUAGCAGUCAUUCCCUGGUGUUUCCUCUACGAACUAAUGGUAGCAGCAUUUACAUUUCUUGGUGUUUGCGGCGGGAUGAUUGGCGUUGGAAUAGGUGCCGAAAUUGUAGCCAUUUGGGGACCGACACCACGAGGACGUUCAUUUAUCAUGGCAAACAGUGCUGCUUAUUCUAUAGCCAGUGUACUGUCGCCUUUAGUAACGGCGCCAUUUCUUCUCAAGCAGUCCGUCUACACACCCUUCAAUACGAACGACACAACAUGGAAUAUAACAUAUAUUCACACCGACAUGGAAUAACGGUACUAACCAGUCUCGCCUGAAUAGCAAAGAACUAACCAUUGAAAAUUCAUCAUUGAUAAACCAAGGUGAUUCAAAGCUAUAUAUAGCAUAUGCAAUAUCAGCGGUAUUAAGUUUGUUGACGGCUGUGCUCUUCUUCGUGUUGUUUUGUCAACCAGGACCAGUUAACGAACAGAAACAAAACAGUGGUAAAUUGGAAUUCAUUGGGAACCGUUCGAUAUUGAUCAAGAGACUUCAAUUGUUCAACAUUGGUAUUUUCAGUGUGGGACAAAACGCAAUUGAUUUUACAUUCACUGGAUAUCUUGCUACAUUUUGUAUCAACUAUCUAGGCUGGACAAAGACAUUAGGAGCUACGGUGACCUCUGUUGCAUUUUUCACCAGACUUCUAGGAACAGUAAGCGGGGUAUUUCUUGUCAGAUAUAUUAAGUCACACCAUAUUCUUUUAUCAUCAACAAUACUAUCCAUGACUGGUUUUAUCGGUCUUGCUAUCAGUGCGAACGUAUAUUUUGAUGUCGGCGUAUGGAUAUCAGUUUGUGUAGUCGGUAUACCGUUCGGUAUUAUGUGGCCAAAUCUGCUAAGCUGGAUCAAUGAAAACCUUAUCCCUGUCCAUAGCGAAAUGGCAAGCUUUCUGAAUGUGACUUGCUAUCUUGGUGCUUUACUUGCUCCACCUCUACUUGGCUACAUGAUGGAAGAGGUUUCUCCUCUUUGGUUUUGUUAC